AUGACAACGUGGCACCGCCUGCUUUUCCCGCUCGGACUACUGUUGCUCGCUCACAGUCUCUAUAAUGCCCACAGCCUGCGUGAUCAACUGCAGGAACACCAUCACAAACGUAAUGCCGAUGUCACCACCGGCGGGUACUUUCCCUUCAUCUUCACUAUGGCAGACAACACUGCUCAUGUGAACGCCACUACGAUUCCCAUAUUUAUAGAACUUCUUGUAGGAAUUGUAUUCGCUAUUGUUGGAUAUGUGAAGAGAUUGUCCCUAAACCAUGCACGGCUCAUUGACAAGAACUGUGAUGAGUGUUACGACAGCAUCAUGUACACAGGAGUGGGUUUCAUGCACUUCAAUCACCGUGGGGCGGUAAAGGGAUCUCAGUCUGACGACGUUAAAAAUGGACAUUCCGUACCGCUAGAAAGUAAAAAAAGGGCUUAG